AUGAUCAGCGGCGCAGCGCAACAACAUAAGCGCCGUUUGAUUCCACUCCGUCGAACAGAAACGAUGGGCAUCGCAGACAGGAGAACAGGUGAAAAACUAGAUGAAGUAUGGGAACAAGGUGGCGAUAACUUCCAGGUUAUUCCGUCUGACGGAGUCGAUCUUAAUGGUGAACCAAUGUUUUUAAAGCUGAAUAUUGGAGGAACAGAAUUUCUUCUAUUAGUUAACACAAUAAUUAAAUUAGAUUCGUCUUCAUUUUUAUCGAAGUUUGUACAGUUGACUCACGAUGCUCGUUUAAAAGUUGCUGACGCUUUUAUACCAAGUACUGGUGCUUAUUUCUUUCAACGCUCUGCAGUCACGUUUGAUUUUGUUUUUCAAUAUUACUCCACCGGUGUAAUUCAUCGGCCGCCAGAAAUAUGUACAGCGCAAUUCCUCUCUGAGCUCGAAUUUUGGCGUCUUCCUCAAAAGCAGGUCGGAUCUUGUUGUGCUGAAGAUUUGCCUCGCGAAGUAUCUGAAGAGAAAGAGGAAGAAAAGGUUGAUGAUCACACGUUUGACAAUUUGAUGUUUGGUAAAUUGAGGCGGCGUAUGUGGACCUUUUUGGAACGCCCUGGUUCAUCUAUGCAAGCAAAGGCCUUCGAACUCUCAUCAACUUUGUUUGUUGCUAUCUCUGUCCUGGGCUUAAGUUUCGGAACAAUACCGGAUUUUCAGUUCUCCACUGUUUUUUUACAGGUGAUACGAAAGAUGCCUCCGUAUAAUACAACAGUAACUUUUCCAAAUGGAACAGUAUCUGUUGUGGAAAAAUCUGAAACAAUUCGUCUGGAACACCCGGCCUUUGUUUUUACUGAACGCAUCUGUAUCGCCUUUUUUACCAUUGAAUACUGUUUACGGAUAUUUGCUGUGCCAAGAAAAAUUCGAUUCGCAUUGAAGCCUCUAAAUUUGGUUGACCUGCUUGCCAUUCUACCUUUUUACUUGGAACUGUUGUUAACACUGUGCGGUGUUGAUGACAGCAAAUUAAGGGAUUGGCGGUGGGCGUUUUUGGUUGUACGUAUAUUACGGGUACUUCGAGUAAUACGUAUAAUCAAAUUGGGGCGAUUCAGUUCUGGCCUCCAAACAUUUGGGAUGACACUCCAAAGAAGUCAGAAGCAACUUCAGAUGAUGACUAUUGUACUUCUAACAGGAGUGGUAUUCUUUUCUACUGUAAUUUAUUUCCUAGAGAAGGAUGAGGAGGGAACUCCUUUUACGAGUAUCCCAGCAGCAUACUGGUGGUGCAUAGUGACGAUGACUACUGUUGGCUACGGCGACGCUGUUCCGGCAACAUCAAUGGGAAAAGUUGUUGCUUCGGCAGCAAUAAUGUGCGGCGUAUUAGUUCUCGCGCUCCCAAUUACCAUUAUUGUUGAUAAUUUCAUAAAGGUUGCUCAAGACGAACAGCAAGCAGAACAACAAAAAUUGGAGAUGCAACGACAAGAGCAGGCACUGAAGGCAAUGCUCAAUUCUUCAAAAAGUGAUGAUUAUCAGUGCUGA